GAUGAUAAAUAGCCAGGCAUGAACACGCAGCUGGCAGUGGAACACCACGCAGCCAGUAUAGUUUCCACGUGAAUUUACAACAAUGGCAGACGUCUCGACAGCAGCAGUGACCCUUUCCGAUGGUCACAACAUGCCUCUGCUUGGCCUGGGCACAUGGAAGUCCAAGCCACAGCAGGUCUGCAAGGCCGUAGAGGCGGCUAUCGAGGCGGGGUAUCGACACGUGGAUGGAGCCUACGUCUACCAAAAUGAGGAUGAGGUUGGGGCGGGUGUGCGUGCCUGCAUUGCCAAGGGCAUCGCCUCCCGAGACCAGCUAUUCAUUGUCAGCAAGCUCUGGGGCAAGUUUCAUGCCCCUGCCGAUGUGAAGAAGAGUUUUAUGAAGACACUGACCGACCUGGGGCUUGAUUACCUGGACCUCUAUCUCAUGCAUUCCCCCAUGGGCUAUCAGAACGUGGGAGAGGAAUUAUUUCCCGCAAAGGACGGCAGGUUUCUCUUCUCGGACGUUGAUUACCUGGACACCUGGAAGGCAAUGGAGGACCUGGUGAAAGAAGGUCUGGUUAAGUCCCUUGGCGUCUCCAACUUCAACAUCCCCCAGCUCAAACGACUGCUGUCCUCUGCUUCGAUCAAGCCUGUCGUCAAUCAGGUGGAGCUGCAUCCAUACAAUGCACAACCAAAGCUGGUCCAGUUUUGCAAGUCACAGGGCAUAGUGCUCACGGCUUACAGCCCCUUUGGCUCACCCGACCGUCCCAGUUUGGCUGCGGCGAAGAGCUCAAACGACAACGUGAAACUCGACAAAGACCCUGGAAAUCUUCUGCAAGAUCCAGUGGUUGCCGACAUCGCUAAGAAGCAUGGCAAGAGCAGUGGGCAGAUACUGCUCCGUUACCAUAUUGAGAACAAUAUCGUCGUGAUUCCAAAGAGCGUCACACCAGCCAACAUUAUCCAAAACAGCAAGGUCUUUGACUUCUCUCUGGACGAAGAGGACUUGAUCAAGCUGGCGCAGCUAGACCGAGGAUGGUCUUUGUCUAAUUCGCUCUUCAGCAAAGUGAAGGAUCACAAAUACUUCCCAGUGAACGAUGACUACCCAUCGUGCUAAUGGACAUACAUCUCAACUUCAGAGGCGGUCUCAGCUGAUGCCAAUUGAGUUUUUUUUAAUAGGGCCAGUGUUUUGCACCAAUUAAAUGUGCACAGCAUGAGCUUUGAACGCUUUGCAAAAGUGUGGCGGUAAUUUUUUAACGAAAUAACGCAGUGAUACAUCUCCUUUAUACACAGCGUUGGUGUUAUGCUAAAGUGUAAUCGCAAAAUAAAUCAAUGGACGUUAAUAUGAUACAAUAAAACAACAUUGAAUAUCAA